AUGGCGUCGAUACUUGUAUCAAUAGUAACAACUAUUACCAUCGUUUCCAUUACCGGUGAUGCAGUUGACUUACAUACCGAUAGGGAAUUGGUAGAAAUGGAAGGUUGCCCUUACAUAGAGAAUGGUGAGCAUCUCGUUACUGUUAAGGGUGCCGUUUCAGCUCUGAUCAGUGGGUGUGGCUACAUACACUACAAUUCUAGCAACUUCGUUCCACAAACUUAUAGUUUGUGGUUCGAAAAUAUGCAUCGGAUUGGGCCACAUUGCACUACACAUGGUAGAGAAUAUUUUCAUUUUUACUGUGUAUCAAGACCUCCCUCACCAUCAGCAGACAUCAAAAAGGGACGUAUGUUUAUAAGCAAGGUAUGGCCAUACGAUGAAGCUGACAAAAAUACGGAAACUCACAGAUGUGCCUUGUAUGAAAAGAUCGACGAAGAUAACAACCCGACGCUCCGAGUUGCGAUUAGCAAAGGCACUUCGUGCAACGGCUUAUCAGAUAUGAUUCAACACCCGGAGGUGAUUCCUUGGGACAUCAAUGGGAACUUGUUGAUGGUAUUUUACACGAACAUAUCCGCCACAGACAUAACAUCUACCAAGGCAAAACAAUUGAUAUCCAAGCGGUACCAGGGAAGGGGGUACAUUCCACAGAAUUUUGGGAACCGUUCGAACACAUUUCAUAGAAAGAUUCGCGAAACUAAAGACGAUGACAAAAGAAUACGACGUGCCCUUCAAAUGACGAGCGAUGGAGAUGACAUACAUGGUGCAGUUAUGGUGCCAACAUCCAAACCCGUUAUAAAGAUAGCCGGUGCAAAUCCUUUCGCCCUGCUUCUAGCAAAUCGUGUGCGUAAUAAUAACACGGGUUCUAUAAAGCCACUUGGCCUAUGGGACUCAAUUGUGAAAAUAUUUAAAAAUUGA